AUGGCAAGUCCACAAAUCACACCAGCCUGGCCAGGCAUUACACUUAGUGGAGCUUCGAGUCCUGGACAAUCUACAGUACCUCUAGCUCAGAUCCUAGAAGGUGCCGCAGCUGCACAAAAUCAAGUCGAUCAGAAUGCCGGCAACCUAGCGACACAACAGUUGGCCAUGCCCGCAGGUAUCUUGUCACCAGGCGAAAUCAUGCGUCAAGCCUUCAUCUUUGCUACCCAAGCCUUCCCUCAAGAUGACAAGCCGAAAGGAAAGAAGGACAAGGUCAAAUCGAUAUUGAGGAGACUAUUGCUGCCGAAGUUCGUGCUGAGGAUGUUUCUGGGAAGUACGUUGGCGGAUCUUGUGUAUCCUUGGAUUCAUCCAGAGGCGUGA